AUGGAUUGCACUCCUGCUCAGAAGGUCAGAUAUGGAACUCAUAUGCUGGCUAAGGAAGCUGAUGAUUGGUGGUUGGAGACACUUGCUAGGUUGGAGUUUUCAGGUGAGGAAGUCACUUGGAAUGUGUUCCGUAGGGAAUUUCUGAGGAAGUACUAUCCUGAAGAUGUUCGGGGUAAGAAAGAGAUAGAAUUCCUAGAGUUGACGCAAGGGAACAAGUCUGUGACCGAGUAUGCUGCCAAGUUCACUGAGUUGAUUAAGUUCUAUCCUCACUUUGAUGGCGAAGGUGCUGAAUUUUCUAAGUGCAUCAAGUUUCAGAAUGGGUUACGCUCGGAGAUCAAGAAGGCUGUUGGGUACCAAAAGAUCCGUUUGUUUUCUGAUUUGGUUGACAGUUGUAGGAUCUUUGAGGAAGAUAGUAAUGCUCAUCACAAGAUGGUUAGUGAUAGAAGGGGCAAGAAUCAACAAAGCCGUGGGAAACCGUAUGAUGCUGGUAAAGGGAAACAAAGAGUUACUCAUGGUCAGAGGUCUAGUGGGGGAGAUGCUCCUGCUAGGAUUGUAUGUUUCAAAUGUGGUCAACCUGGUCAUAAGAGCAAUGCUUGUACUGUUGAUGCGAGGAAGUGUUUCAGAUGUGGUAAGAUGGGACAUGCAAUGUCUGAUUGCAAGCAUAAGGACAUGGUAUGUUUCACGUGUGGCAAAGAGGGACACAUUGGUAGCCAGUGUCCAAAGAAGAAGGCACAAUCUGGUGGAAAGGUGUUUGCUUUAGCUGGGACUCCUACAGCUAGUGGAGACCGACUCAUUAGAGAUAUGAUCUUAGGUAUGAAUUGGUUAGAGUAUAACUAUGUUUAUAUCAACUGUUUUAACAAGUCCUUGAGGUUUUCUUCUCCCGAGGAAGAAGGAGUUGGUUUGUUGACUGGUAAGCAGUUGAGGCAAUUGAUGCAAGACGAAGCACAAAUGUUCUCGUUGAUGGCGUCAUUGUCUUUUGAGAAUCAAGUUAGAAUUGAUGAGUUAAAGGUGGUGCGAGAAUUUCCUGAUGUGUUUCCUGAUGAAAUUCCUGAUGUACCUCCAAAAAGAGAAGUUGAGUUUGCGAUUGAUCUUGUACCUGGUACCAGACCUGUUUCUAUGGCACCGUACCGGAUGUCUGCAUCUGAGUUGUCUGAAUUGAAGAAGCAAUUAGAAGAGUUGCUUGAGAAAAAGUUUGUAAGACCAAGUGUAUCGCCGUGGGGAGCGCCCGUGUUGUUAGUAAAGAAAAAAGAUGGAAGUAUGAGACUUUGUGUUGAUUAUCGACAAUUGAAUAAAGUGACGAUAAAGAACAAGUAUCCACUUCCAAGAAUUGAUGACUUGAUGGAUCAAUUGGUGGGUGCUAGUGUGUUUUCUAAAAUUGAUUUGAGGUCCGGAUAUCACCAGAUUAGAGUAAAAGAAGAUGAUAUUCAGAAGACCGCGUUCAGGACUCGGUAUGGACACUACGAGUAUUCGGUGAUGCCCUUCGGUGUUACUAAUGCACCGGGAGUAUUCAUGGAGUACAUGAACCAUAUUUUUCAUACUUACUUGGAUCGGUUUGUAGUGGUAUUCAUUGAUGACAUUCUGAUUUACUCUAAAUCUGAAGAAGAGCAUGAAGAGCAUCUGAGAAUUGUGUUGCAAGUUCUGAAAGAGAAACAGUUGUAUGCCAAGUUGUCUAAGUGUGAAUUCGGAAAAGCUUUUGUAUGGGAUAUUCGAUGCGAAGAAAGUUUCAAUGAGUUGAAGAAGAGGUUGACGUCGGCUCCAGUUUUGACUUUGCCUAAUCCAGGAGAGCCAUUUGUUGUGUACUGUGAUGCUUGUUUGAUGGGGUUAGGUGGCGUGCUUAUGCAGAAUGGUAAAGUGGUUGCUUAUGCGUCUAGGCAGUUGAGAACUCAUGAAAAGAAUUAUCCUACGCAUGAUCUAGAGUGGGCUGCAGUGGUCUUUGUGUUGAAAAUUUGA